AUGGGUGACUUUAAUACCGAUCUUUUAAAAUUUAACAAUAGGUCACGAAAAUUGCACGAAAUCGUUGAAUCAGCGGGUUUAAACGUUCUUCCUCUUAACCCUACCCACCACAACUGUGAUGCUUCGGACUCCUGGCUUGACCUUAUUCUAACUUCUUCCAAAGAUCUCGUGGACAAAGUUGGCCAGUUCACAGCGCCCGCGUUUUCUCACCACGACCUUAUUUUCAUGAGCUAUCGUAUCCGGCCUCCUAAACCACAAUCCAAAUUUGUUCAGCUGCGUAGCUUUGCGAGGCUGGAUAUUGAAGCCCUAAAACGUGACGCGUGUGCUGUGGACUGGACGCCGGUAUAUGCAGCACCCUCGGUGGAUGAGGGAGUAGCUUUAUUGAAUAAAGCAGUCUUAAAGCUCUACGACACUCACGCACCGGUUUGUACUGUCAAACUGAAACGACCUCCUGCGCCCUGGAUUACUAGAGGGGUCCGAAUGGCCAUGGCAAGACGUGAUCGGGCGUUCCGGAAGUACAAACGCAGCCGGUGUGACGAAGACUGGCAACAUUAUAAGGCUGCUAGGAAUCGGUGUAAUCGACUGUCGCGGAGUGGUUCUCUUCUUACCUCCUGGAUCGCCGGCAGGCGGUUCGCGCUGGUCAGUCCUUUUCUGACUGGCUAG